AUGUCAUCUUCCGAUAUAUCGAAUAUCUCAUUGUACUUGGCUGCUGGUGGUGGUGGUGGAGCGUCAAGAGCAUCGAAGUUGUCGAAAUCGACGUCUUUUGACUUAUAUUCAGCAGCAGAUUUCUUGCGCUUGAGGACAAUAAUAACAACAACGAUAAUAAUGAUAAUGAGGGCAACAGCAAUGAUAACAAAGAUGUACCAAUUAUCUUUGAUGUUGAAUGAACUUGAUGAUUGUGCAUUAUCAUCAUUUGGUUCAGAUUGGUUAGUUGGCAAUGGUGUUUGA